AUGUCGGACUGUUUGAAGUACGGUUUUCGCAUGCAAGAAAGUGGUGACCCGCAGUGUUUAAUUUGUUUGCAAUUAUUUUCCGCCGCGACUAAGCCUCCCUCAAAAAUAAAACGUCAUUAUGAGCGGAAGCACCCAGAAUCUCUAAACAUUCCGACAGAGGUCUUUGCAUCGAAAUUGCGCGAAAUCGAGGUUUUGGAGGAAAAAGAACGCGAAAGUGUAGAUAGUGGAUCAAAUUUAGCAGACAGCGAAGAAUCUCGACUGAGGCAAAAGCUGUGUGAAUGCUCAUAUUCUGCAGCACUAGCUAUUCCUCGCUAUUCGCUAUUGCGAAUCACGGAAUUGGGAAUGGAUAUGCGGAGUCAACUUAAAAAUGAGUUGAACUCUACUGAAAACUUUGCCAUUCAGGUGGAUGGCUCAACAGAUGUUAGCAAUGUAAAACUGUUGGGAUUUGUUCGUUUUAUUGGCAAAGAGGACACUGAAGAGUGA